UUUUCGGGGGACGCCGCAUCCGUUGCAUCCCAUCACCAGUUUAUAUAGAACCGUCGGAGAGAGACGUGGGAGGCAUGCUGAAGCUGAGCGUCCGCCUUCCUUUUCUGCCCCUCCUCCCAUCCUCCGCCGUCGUCUCCCCCUCUGCCUUCCCGCUUCGAGCUCUAUUCUCCCCCUCCGGUCGCCGGGGAACCGGAAGCGCACGUUUCUCCUGGCGCGCGCGGACGGCCUUAUCCGGUGACGCGUCCAGCUCGCUCCCCCCGGCAGGAGAGGUUACUGCUGCCAUGGAUCCGCCUUCGGAGGUUAAGACGGGGGGCGUGAAGCGGACGCUGGAGGAUCUUAAUUGGGAUCACUCAUUCGUGCGCGAAUUGCCCGGGGAUCCGCGAAACGACGCGAUUCCUCGUGAGGUUUUACACGCUUGCUAUUCAAAAGUUUCACCUUCUGUUGAAGUGGAAAAGCCUGAUCUCGUGGCAUGGUCCGAAUCAGUUGCUGAGUUGCUGGACUUAGACCCGACCGAAUUUAGAAGGCCAGAGUUUCCGCUUAUUUUCACUGGAGCAUCUCCUUUGCCAGGAGGGUUAUCCUAUGCCCAAUGUUAUGGAGGUCAUCAAUUUGGGAUGUGGGCUGGGCAGCUUGGUGAUGGUCGGGCUAUUACCCUUGGAGAGGUUGUAAAUUCUCGGGGAGAACGAUGGGAAUUGCAGCUCAAAGGCGCUGGAAAGACUCCUUAUAGCCGUUUUGCAGAUGGUCUUGCUGUAUUACGGAGUAGUAUUAGAGAAUUCCUUUGCAGUGAAGCAAUGGAAGGCCUGGGAAUACCAACCACACGCGCACUUUGUCUUGUCACUACUGGCAAGGGUGUAAUCAGAGACAUGUUUUAUGAUGGUAAUCCAAAGGAAGAACCUGGAGCUGUUGUCUGUCGUGUAGCUCAAUCUUUUUUACGUUUUGGAUCAUUCCAGAUACAUGCCUCUAGAGGCAAAGAAGACCUUCAGAUUGUUCGUGCCUUAGCUGACUAUACUAUCAAACAUCACUUUCCUCAUCUUGAGAAUCUGAGUAAGAGUGCAGGUUUAACCUUCAAGACAGAAGGUCAAGAAAGCAUGCCAACAGUGGAUCUGACUUCUAACAAGUAUGCAGCAUGGGCAGUGGAAGUUGCAGAACGUACCGCUGUCUUGAUUGCAAGGUGGCAGGGAGUUGGUUUCAUUCAUGGAGUGCUGAAUACCGACAAUAUGAGUGUGUUAGGACUAACAAUUGAUUAUGGCCCUUUUGGUUUCCUGGAUGCUUUUGAUCCUAGUUUCACACCAAAUACAACUGAUCUUCCUGGGAGAAGGUACUGUUUUGCAAAUCAACCUGAUGUUGUUUUAUGGAAUAUUGCCCAAUUCACCACAACCUUGUCAGCUGCCGAGUUGAUCAGUACCGAGGAGGCAAACUAUGCCAUGGAAAGAUACGGGACCAAGUUCAUGGAUGAAUAUCAAUCUGUAAUGACCAAAAAGCUUGGAUUGACAAAAUACAAUAAGCCGCUAAUUAGCAAACUUCUCAACAAUUUGGCAGUAGACAAAGUCGACUAUACUAUUUUCUUUCGUUUACUGUCAAACAUAAAAGCAGAUCCAAGCAUCCCUGACGAUCAACUGGUAGCUCCUUUGAAGGCGGCUCUUCUGGAUAUUGGCUCAGAGCGCAAAACAGCAUGGAUAAGCUGGCUACAGACAUACAUACAGGAUUUAGCAGCGAGUGGCGUUUCAGAUGAACAAAGAAAGGAAGUAAUGAAUUCUGUGAAUCCAAAAUUCAUCCUCAGAAAUUAUUUGUGCCAGAGUGCCAUCGAUGCUGCUGAACUAGGUGACUACAGUGAAGUUCGCAGACUUUUGAAAGUUAUGGAACGACCAUAUGACGAACAACCAGGGAUGGAGAAAUAUGCACGAUUGCCACCUGCCUGGGCAUAUAGGCCAGGUGUUUGUAUGCUAUCUUGUUCGUCUUGAGGAACAGCAUCCAGUAACAUACUCCGGAUGUAAUUAUAGAUGUACAUUGCAUUCAGAUUGUGUGUUAUUACCGCCAAG